GUGGGCAUCAUUGUGAGGCUAGCGUUCGUGGUGACAAGUUGAGAGAAUAGUGAUAUACAUAGUAGUUCGAUAAUGUUGGUGUUUCCGCACUGGAGACCGGAGGGUCCGGUGGAGGCGUGCCGCGGGCUGCGCUGGGCGCCGCCGGAGCGGUUCGCGUCCUACAUUGCGCGCCCGCUGGCUCAGCCGGCUAUUGUCUACAACACUUUACCGCUUCAGAGUUCAGACGAGGAGUCAUCACCAGGCGAGGAGGUGUGCGGGUGGCGCGGCUGCGGCGCGCGUGUCGCCGGUGUGGCGCGGCUGUCGGCGCAUGUGGCGCGGGCGCACGCGCAGCCCAGAGCUGAUGGGCUGUUCUACUGCGGAUGGGAGGACUGCGCGCGGCCGAAUCGGGGGUUUAAUGCUCGCUACAAGAUGCUAGUCCACGUGCGCACGCACACCAACGAGCGCCCUCACACGUGCACGCAGUGCAACAAGAGCUUCUCCCGUGCAGAGAACCUCAAGAUCCACCUGCGGAGCCACUCGGGGGAGAAGCCCUACGCCUGCCCCUACCAGGGCUGCGGGAAGGCCUACUCCAACUCCAGUGACCGCUUCAAGCACACCAGGACACAUACCGUAGACAAGCCGUAUUGUUGUAAGGUACCAGGAUGCAGCAAACGCUACACCGACCCGUCCAGCCUGAGAAAACACGUCAAGACCUACAAGCACUUCGUACCUAAGGAAUCCCCGAGAUCCUCCGACAACAGCAGAGAAGCAUCCCCGUAUUCAGACGUGGACAGUUCCACGUAUCAGACGCAUUUACCUUACCACAGUCCGCAAAGAACGAUGUCUCCUGUCCAAUUCAGUUCGGUGCCGUCCAUCGCUGCGUCUUCACCCAGCAGAUACCCGUCCGCCGUCGAACGAGUCACGUACAGCCCUCUGGAGCCACCAAUGUACGCGCUACGAGUGCCCACGUAUGAAAUGUCGUACACUGAAUACAGCCAAAUGUAUGAGCACGCGUACAGAAGCUAUUAUUCUACAGGCAUUGACUACCCCAUGUUGAGGUCACCUGAGAAAGUUUAUACGUUUGAUGACGUCCCAAUGACUGAGGUCAAAUUGACUGAGAGACAAGACUUGAUGUACAGCCCUAUAGAAGUUGAGGAGAUGCCUUUAAAUUUAAAAUGCGUGAAGCAAGCCGACAGAAAUCCUAUGGAAGAGUUAGUGAGAAGAGACUUGCCCUUAGAUUUAAGCACUAAAAGUUAGUUUUAAGAAUCGUAUUAAAUUAUUUACUUUUUACACUA